AUGUUGAUCCACAUAAGCCUGCUCUCACGCCUCAUGCCGCAGCCGCGCGUCGAUGUGGGAGCGUUGUUGACCGACAUCGCCAUCACACGAGCCAGCGGCGAGCGAGUCAGCCGAGACACGCAGCUCGAGGCGCUCAGGGCCUGCAUCUCGGAGGGCGUGAGCGGUCCGGUGCUGUAUCGCGUGUGGGAGGAGGCGCUCAUCGACGGCCUUCUCCCCGCCGACCUCGACAGCGAGACUCGGGCUGCGCUCGACGGCCGAGUACCUCCAGAGGCCGCUUCCUCGGGCGCAGACCUUCUUCCGGUGCAAGAGGAGGAGGAGCCCGCGCCGCUGCUCUCCGCUGCGCUCGAGCCGCUCUGGGUGCGUCCGUCCGGAUCCGUGCGCGAGUACGACUGCACGCGCCCCGAGGGCCUCUCUGCCGCAUGGGAGGCCGUCGCCGCGGGAGACGCUCCGGUGCUCUUCCGCGGCGUCGGGCGGCGCUGGGCGGCGCUGCGCUCGUGGACGCUGCCCUCACUGGCCCGCUCGCUGGCGCGGGGCAUGGUGCGUGUCUCGCCGGGCCCUGCGGUGAUGUUUUGCCGCGAGUCGCACCCGCUGGUCCGCUCGGGCGAGUUCGAGCCGCCCUCGCGCAUCCUCUCCAUGCGCGGCGCCGAGUUUGUCCACCGGCUUCGUCGCGGCCGUGGGGGAGCUCCGCCGCUGCUGUACGGCGACGAGGAGCGCGCGCUCGCACCGCCCUCCCUGAUGGCGGACGUGGACUUUGGCUUCCUGCCCGAGGCUCCGCCGGGCGGCUACGCCUCUGUCCUCGGCCGUCUGUGGGUGCGCGGCGCCAAGCGCAUGCUGCUGUGGCCGGCCGGCCUGCUGCGCGCGCUGCGGCCGUAUGCAGACGACCACCCGCUCGCGAGGCGGCUGCAGCUCCCUCUCACCGGGCCGCGGCCCGCCGACGCGGAAUUGGCCGCCGCCGGCGACGCAUGCCUCGAGGCGCAGCUGCGGCCGGGAGACGUGCUCUUCUUCCCGGCGCGGUGGGCGCACCACACGGAGGCGACGGCGCCCGAGGGAGAGCGCGCGGGGGGGGCGCGCGGAGCAGCGGCGGGCGCGGCUCAGGACGAGGCGCGGGAGGAUGAGGCCUCGUGGUCGCUGGGCUUUCGCACGGACGGGCAGUUUCUGAUGUGA